CUUGUAUAUUAUCGCAGCGUACCAUGUAUAACUCGAUCACCUAUUCACCUAUCUGACGGUUCGGAGCAAGACAGAUCAGAGACGUGCGCGCUGGUAGACAAAAUUGGACAUCGAAAGAGGGCGCCGUGGCGCGGAUGGCGAACAUACACACCCCGCUCAUAUAUACUUAUAGCAAUAGUACUGAUUCAACGUGGAUCCAACACACAUGUAAAAAAAGUCACGCGAACGGGGAUUUCAAAAUCCUAUCGUCAAAAUUGACAACGAAGCAGAUAUCGCUACUUGAAGUCUGGAAAUCUAAAGAUCUGACAACUAAACAAAUUAAACUGUUUUAACCAUGUCUUCCCUAAAGAGAAUUAGUCUGAUUAGUUUGUUUAUAACAUUGUUUAUAGUUAGUUAUUCUGAAGGAUUAAACAAAUACUCAAAAGAAGCGAAUAAAGCUAAACCUAAAACAGAUUUUUCACAACCUAGUAAUAUAAAAGCUCUGAGAGAACUCGACAAGCCUUUUCGUAUGCACAAAUUGAAUUUAGUUUGGACCAAAGCAAAACAUAGAUUAACUGAUCCUAAAUUACAAUCUAUAUUUAGUGAUCUAAAAAUUCAAGAUAAGGAAGAAAUAGCUUACAAACAUUACAAAUCUGACGGUAAAGAUGAAAAUGGUUUAGAGGAAGCCAGAUUGAGAAAAAAACUCAUUGGCAUCAUGAGUACAUAUGAUUUGCUCGAACAUUUUGAAGAAGUUACUGAUCCUGAGUAUUUGAAAAAACCUAAGCCGUUUAAAGAUGUAUCUGCAAGCCGUGUCAUUAAAGAAGUGUUUAAAGAUAAACGAUUAAAUAAGUUGUGGGCCAAAGCUGAAAGAGGGGGAUUUAGCCAUGAAGAAUUAGAGGCAUUAAAAGAAGAAUUUAAUCACCAUCAAGACAAAAUAGAUGAGUAUAUGAGUUUGCUAUCAGAAAUUGAAGAUGGAGAUCCAGAUAAACAUGAGAACAGUCUUCAUGAGAAACCUGACAUUUUAAAUGCUUUGGAAAACGAAGAGGAAAUUGACAAUGAAGUUCCAGGAAAAAAAAAAGACUACUUGGGCAAAGCCAAUUUGCUUAAGAAAAAACAUUUAGAUGUUAGAAGUGGAUACGAUCACUUAGAAGGAAUAACAGCUAAAGGACCUAAACACAGGGAAUUUGUUGAACCUAAAGUUCAAGGUCUUUGGAGGAUGGCAGUUGAAGCUAGAUUUUCUCCCGCAGAAUUGGCUUCUUUAAAAGAAGAACUUAUGCAUUAUGAAACAAGAUUAUUAAAACUUCGUCAUCUUCAUACUGAAGCAGCACUAGAAGCAGCAAGACAAGGAAAAGAUUAUCAACACAAUAUUUCCAGUGAAACUCAUAUUAAAAGGCAUGCUAGUAAUGUUGAAAAACUCCAUAGAGAUAUUGAGGCCAAAAUAAUGCAAAAGCAUGUAGAACUUUAAAGUUGUAUUUUUAUGUAAUUGCAUCUUUGGAAAAAUAUUACAUUUUUGUAUUAUACAUUUUAUAUGACAACGUAUGGGUUAUGAAUUGUUAUUAUAUAGAAUAUUAAGAAUUUUAUAAUUUUAAUUAUUUUAUAUUUUGCUUGAAUGAUGUUUGUACUGUAAAAAGAACAAAAAAUAACUAUGGUUAAAAUUGUGAUAAUUUUCAGAUUUUUUAAAAUAAUAAUAGUAACACAAUUUAUAUAAA